GAGAUGAACAGCUCAUACAAGUUAGCAGACUGAAGACAAGACACGAGUUUAUAAAAAAUAAAGAUGAGACGGACAUUUCAAAAAUCGAAGAGUACAUUAGGAAUGCUGACGAUACUGCUGUCUUUAUCAAGAAGAAUAUUGUCCAAGCAGAAUUGAUUGACCCGAAUGGAACGUACAGACUACGUCUGAACGAGCACCAUGAAUUGGGCACGAACAAAUACCCUCGAACCGACCAAUCGAACAAAACAUGUCCAUAA